GAGGCCAGGCCAGAGCAGGGCCCUCCUGCCCUUUCCUCUUCUUGGGAGGCAGCCUGGGAGGAGCUGCCCACAGGGAGGGUGCGGCCAGGAGAGGCCUCCUGUCAUCCCUCCUCCUGGCUGCCCCUGGUGACAGGCCAGGAACCUGCCGAGUUUUCUGCACUGCCUAGGGCCCGGAGACUGGAGCUAGUAGCCAGAGACAUGAACAAGAUCUUGCCCCAGGGGGAUGCCAAUGGCAAUGCUGCUGCUGGAAGCAAAGCCCUCCCUGGAGGGGAAGCGGACUGCAGCCCUUGCUGCUACUCACGCCGAGGGGUCUGCCUCUCAGCCUUCCUGAUGCUCCUGCUGACAACUCUUGCAGCUCUGAUCGCCCUGGUCGCCAUCCUUGGACCCCCAUCUCGCACGCCAGGGGCCCAGGCCUGCGUGACGCAGAUGAACAGGACGGGCUUCCUGUGCAACGACCGGAGCAGCUGCAUCCCGGCCAGCAGGGUCUGUGACGGCGUCCGCACCUGUGCCCACGGCGAGGACGAGGAGGAGGCCUUGUGCCGAGCUGUGCCCCAGAGCCUCCCUGGCUUUCUCGUGGCUCACUGUGGAGACCCUGCUUCCUGGAUCUACUCAGACCAAAUGUGUGACGGGAUCAACAACUGUGGGGACUGCUCAGAUGAACUGAGCCCAGUGACUACCUGCCCACCCUGCAGCCCUGGGUGGUGGCCCUGCCCCUCGACUGUCUUCAAAUACUGUAGCUGUAUCCCCAGGAGCCUCUGCCGGGAUCAUGUGCAGCAUUGCUCCGACUGGUCCGAUGAGUACUCCUGUCCUGGCCCUUGACUGAGUCACCCAGGCCAGAGUGGGAUGCUGGCUGGAAUGGUAUUGAUAACCCUUCACAUGUGUUAUGAAUCCAAGAGCAGAAAGGAGUCUUUGAGAUUACAUAGAGGAAUCUACACACCAUUGUCUCUGAAUAGGACUUGCCUCUCCUGCUUUCAAGUUUUUUAACCUCUGCUUGAAUUCUUCCAGGGAUGGGGGGCUCAUUACCAUGUUAGGCAACUCCUAACAAAGAUGAGGGAAAUCUGCUUCCAUGAUUUGAGGCCUGCCUCUGGCGACACACAGAGGAAAUCUGCUCCUUUGCUCCAAGACAGGCUUGUAGAUACUGACCUUGUCACUCCUUGGAGAAAAAAUAAGUUUUGGGCUUGAACACCAAGCUGAGAAGUUUAGCCCUUCUUGCUGGCACAUAUAUAUAAUAUAUAUGCCACUUCCUGCUGCUUUGGUACCUAAGGCACAUGUUGCUAGGUUUGGAUAUAGCCUCAGUGUUUUUCCCAGCUCAAUACUCCUAGUGGGGCCCACUGAUGGAUCACAUGAGAUGUACAUGAGACAGGGUACUUGUCACCCUACCACAAGGAAACCACCCCAGGAGGCUCUGAGCUGUAGGGAGAACAGCUUGAGGAGCCCCUCCUCAACCCUUUCCAUCCCCUCUCCUCUGAACCAGUUCCACCCUCACCCAAGACCACCUGCCCAACCAAACAGCCCAGGUUCCUUCAGGUAGGGAUUGUAUUUCAGUCCCAAAGCCUGAGUGAACCCGCUGUUUCUUGGCAUAUAUUCCAGUUUUACAACACCCAGGCAGGCAUGGAUGGAUAUAUCCAUUAAACAGAUGAGGAAACUGUGGCCCCCAGGAUCUUACAGCAAAGUCAGGCUCAGAAGUGGGACUCAAACACGGUCCAUGGUGUCCCAACCCCAAAGUCGUUUUUGCUACCAAUGUGACCCUAUCUUGGCCGGGGUAAAGGCAGAGUCUCUGGGUUUAAAAAUGUAGCUUGAGGGUCAGAAAGUGUCCCACACUUAUUCUGAAACAUGGACUUGGAAUCUGGCUAAUAAGAGGGUUCCUGUUGAUGAAGACAUACAUAUCCCUGUUAGAAAUUAAUAUAAUCAAUUCUAUGUAUCAGUCUCAGAGAAGGCAAUGGCAACCCAUUCCAGUGUUCUUGCCUGGAAAAUCCAUUGGAUGGAGGAGCCUGGUGGACUGUAGUCCAUGGGGUUGCGAUGAGUCGGGCACGACUGAGCGACUUCACUUUCA